AUGGAGCGCAACUGGAGCGCGGGGCUGGGCAACGCGUCGGCGGCGGGGGGCGCGGGCCGGGGGGAAGCGUCGGCGGCGGCGUGGGCUUUCGGCGCCGUGCUGUCGGUCAUGUAUGUGGCCGGCGUGACGGGCAACGUGUACACGCUGGCCCUGCUGUGGCGCUCGGGCCGGUGCGCCCGCGGCGCGCCCUUGUCCGGCUCGAUCGCCAGCCUGGCGCUGGCCGACCUGCUCUACCUGUGCUCCAUCCCCUUCAUCGUGGGCACGUCGGUGGCGCAGGACUGGUACUUCGGCGAGCUGGGCUGCCGCGUCCUGCUCAGCCUCGACCUACUCACCAUGCACGCCAGCAUCUUCACGCUGACCGUCAUGUGCACCGAGCGCUACCUGGCUGUCACCCGCCCGCUGGCCGCCCGCUACCGGGCGCGGCGCUUCCGCAAAGCCACGGCCGGCGCCGUCUGGGGGGUCUCGCUGCUCCUCACGCUCCCCAUGAUGCUGAUGGUCACCUUGAGCCGGGGCGGCGACGGCAAGCGCAUCUGCGCCCCGACCUGGAGCCGCGACGCCUACCGCCUCUACCUGACAGUGCUCUUCAGCACCAGCAUCCUGGCCCCCGGCCUCAUCAUCGGCUGCCUCUACGCCCGGCUGGCCACCACCUACCUGGAGUCGCAGAGGAACCCUCCGCGCAAGAAGGAGCCAAAGCGCUCCCCGCGCCAGAAGGUCCUCAUCCUGGUCUUCACCAUCGUGCUGGUCUUCUGGGCUUGCUUCCUACCCUUCUGGAUCUGGCAGCUGGUGCCCCUCUACCACGGCUCCCUCGGGCUCCCGCCCCACACUGCCAAGUGCAUCAACUACUUGGUCACCUGCCUGACCUACAGCAACAGCUGCAUCAACCCUUUCCUCUACACCUUGCUCACCAGGAACUACCGCGAGUACUUGCGCAACAGGCACAGCAACUUCUACCGCUUCACCUCCUCUUUCCGCAAGAGAGGCUCCAACCUACACUGCUCUUGGAGGCGAUCCACCUCCUCCGGGACCCACUACGAGUCCGGGUCAGAAGGCCUGAGCAUGGCCACCCUGAGGGACAGCAAGUGAACUUUCUCUCCUCCUGGGUAGCUUCCUAACACCUCCGAGAUCCAGGUGGGCCUGGGCAAGGGGUUCUCUUGUUAAUCUGUUUGGCCACCUGUCUCAUUAUGUUAAAACUGGAUCCCCAAUACCAUGAUCAGGAUUGCAGGUGAAGGAAAUGGUGAUGGCAUAGCGGGUGCCCCAAUGGACUUUCUCCACGCGAUGAAGGUUUUC